CAAACGCUGGUUUGCUCAUAAUCUUUGUCAAAAACAAAAAAACAAAAAAAAGGGUUAAGAGGUUAGAAUCUUGCGCACACCCAAAUCAAACCCAUUACCCACCCGGCAGUCGCACCAUCCCCCCUUUCUGAAAAUCAAAAUCAAAAAUCAAAAUCAAAAUCCCUCUUUUAUUUCUUCUUCUCAUCAUAUGGCAUUUCACGUCGCUUGCCCAAUUACAUGCAAGCGAAUUUGCUUCUGUACGUUAGGUUUUCCGCCGAAACUGCAUAACAAUGGCGGAAAGUGUGAUUUCGUGGGUGAGAUUUCUCAACUUCAAGAAUUUCUUAAGGAUCCAUGGAUAAUUAGGGUUAAGGAAGGUGCUACGAUUCAAAUUCCUGUUCCUAAAGUUGUUCCGCCGCCUCCUCCGCCGUUUGUUUCUGCUGUUGUUGAUGGCGAUGAUGCUGCUGCUGCUGCCGCUGAGGAGUUGUUGUCUGCUCAGACUAAGCGUGUUGCUUUGCAGAAGAAGGCUGCUGUUGCUUCUAUGGCCGCCGAGGAUUUCGCUCGAAGGUUUGAGUCCGGUGUUUUGGUGGAUGCCAACAAAGAUUUGGGUGUAGAGGAGCAUGGUUCUUCCAAUGUGAAUGUUAUGUGUCGACUAUGCUUCUCUGGUGAGAAUGAAGGGAGUGAAAGAGCAAGAAAGAUGCUCCCAUGCAGUACUUGUGGAAAGAAGUAUCACAGGAGUUGCUUGAAAACCUGGUCUCAACAUAGAGAUCUAUUUCACUGGAGUUCAUGGACUUGCCCCUCCUGCCGUGCAUGUGAGGUUUGUCGCAGGACUGGGGAGCCAAAUAAGUUCAAAUUUUGCAAGAGGUGUGAUGGUGCCUUCCAUUGUUACUGUAUGCAACCUCCGCACAAGAAUGUUAGUUCUGGACCUUACUUGUGCCCCAAGCAUACAAAAUGCCACAGCUGCGGGUCAAAUGUUCCGGGAAAUGGUUUGAGUGUAAGGUGGUUUUUGGGGUAUACUUGCUGUGAUGCUUGUGGGAGAUUAUUUACAAAAGGCAACUACUGCCCUGCUUGCCUGAAGGUCUAUAGAGAUUCAGAGGCGACACCUAUGGUGUGCUGUGAUAUUUGCCAGCGCUGGGUGCACAUCCAAUGUGAUGGAAUCAGUGAUGAAAGAUAUUUGCAGUUUCAAAUAGAUGGAAAUCUUCCAUACACAUGUCCAACAUGUCGAGGAGAGUGCUACCAGGUGAGGGAUCUUGAAGAUGCUGUGCAAGAGCUGUGGAGGAGAAGAGACGAAGCAGAUCGAGAUCUAAUAGCAAGCUUGCGGGCAGCUGCUGGCUUGCCGACCCAGGAGGAUAUUUUUUCUAUUUCGCCUUUCUCUGAUGAUGAAGACAAUGGUCCAAGUGCUGGGAAGGGUGAACAUAGUCGUGCAAGAUUCUCUUUGAAGAAUCUGACAGAUUUUUCCCCGAAGAAGAUUAAGGAAUCUGGCAAAAAAACAUCAAGCAAAAAAUAUGUGAAGAAAAAGGGAUAUCAGAUGUCUUUGGAUGGUAAAAUGGACGUCAAGCGUGAAGACUACAAUGAAAGUCAACUUUCUGGAUCUAGGCUUGGGGACAUAAAAGAGGCUACAAAUCCACAUGGACUAGAGCUUUUCUCUUCUCAUGUAUCCGGAAGUUUAAGUCCAACAGGCAGAACACGCUCUCAUAAUGAACAAGGGGUUUUGAGGCACAAAUUUAUGGAUGAGGUUGCAGGGAACAAUUCAGACAGAAGAGCAACAAUGUUACAGAUUAAGAACAAGAAGAUUAAUGACACCGGUGCUACUGAGGAUGUGGGACAAGUUGCCAGCAAGCCAAAGACCAUUAAGGGAACCAAGCUAGUUAUACAUUUGGGAGGACGGAAUAAAACUAUAACCAACUCUCCGAAAUCUGAUUCUUCGAGCUACCAGAGGGAGCAAGAAUUGGCGACUCUAAGUGGAGGUAAUGAAGCAGUGAGUCAGCAUAGAACGGGUGAUUAUCUGAUGGAAAGAUUAGAUGGCACAUCACAUUCUGAUGAUGGUUACAAAGUUGACGGUGCUCAUGAAAUAAGAGGAAAACCAAGAGAUCGUAACAUAAUAAAGCUUGGUAAAGGAAAAUCUGAAGUUUCAGGCCCUCAAUCUCACAAAGGGAAUGGUUUGUUUGGUCUAGAGAGAACACAUAUUAUGUCAUCAAAGAGAAGCAAUGAAGCCAGUGCUGCCACUGAAGGGCUAUCAAUGGGUGAGAAGAUUUCCUUGAGAAAGCAUCCAGAAAAUAGGCAAGACAUUACUGGUGAUAGCAAUAAAAGUAACCAGCCAGCAUCACCUGCUUUAGAUGCUUCGCUUAAGGACUCCCGGCCUUUGCUAAGACUCAAAUUCAAGACUCCUUAUCCGAGUUCUUGGGUUCCUAACAGCGAGGAAGAAAGAGGAUCUGUCAAGGGUCAAAGGUCUAAAAGAAAGAGGCCAUCACCCUUGAUAGAAAAGCCUAAACAUCAUGAACAGGAAGACGUGACAGAAUCACAAGACGACAAUUUAAUGAAUGAGAUAAUGGAUGCUAGCUGGAUUUUGAAAAAGUUGGGUAAAGAUGCUAUGGGAAAAAGAGUAGAAGUUCAUCAGCCAUCCGAUAAUUCCUGGCACAAGGGUGUUGUUAGUGAUGUAAUCGAGGGGACGUCAAUAUUGUCUGUUGAUCUUGAUGAUGGAAGGGCCAAGACAUUGGAUCUUGGAAAGCAAGGCAUCAGAUUUGUCCCACAAAAACAAAAGAGGCUAAAAUCUUGAUGAUCAAGCAUAUAGAUUAGAGCCAAAUUAUCGCUGUUGCAGUUUGAUAUUCUCCAAAGAUUCUCACAGUUUUGUUAGCCAGGUGGGUCAAAACCCAUAGUCUGUAUCUGCCCCAUAUGUUCAGCUGGGUUCAGGGUGCUUGGAUUGCUUUGCACCUGCGGAUAGUUGCUGCCUUGAAUGUGUUGAAAUUUCUAGAUCUCGGCUUCACCUGGUUUCAGGGUUCAGACAGCUAGGCUAUAAUUUUUUUCACGCAGACUGCGGUUUCUCUCAGGUCGAGUGAAGGUUUUUUUGGUUUCUCCAUGUCUGUCACCUUAAUAGGAUGCAUGUAGAUACAGAUCUAAUUGGCAAAGUAGUACAUACUGCUGUUUUCCAGUGUUUUAGUCUGUUUUGCCAGGUUUGUUGUAAAUGAUUUAGGAAUAUGCAGCCCUCUAUGAUAGCUUAAGCUGACGGGUUGUUAGCUUGAUUUGUACCCUCCUAAUAACAUGCUUAUCUAUUUUUUUUAGCUGCUUAGCUUAGCAGGGAGGAUUCUCACAUCUUGUAAUAUGAUAAGUUUCUAGCCUUUUUGCA